CUUUGAUUGGUCUAAGGGGGCUGCAAUUCUGCAAAAGCUUUAACUCACAGUGACAGUGAGGAUUAUCCAGAAGGAAGACAUACCUGGUAACAAGUAACAAGAAUGUUUCCAACAGCCAUUGCCACCUGCAUUCUUUUGUUCUGCCUGAUCUUGAACUCCUCCUCACUUCCUUCCCAGAUUGAGAAUGCCACCUUCACCCUUACCGGCCAACACCCCAACCCUGAAGCUGUGAUUCAAGAAGUUCAAAGGAAAGUAAACGAAUCAGUAUGGAGAAGAAACCUUUUCUUGUUAACAGAGAAGGACCAAUGCCAGACAGGAAACCCUAUUGACGACUGCUGGCGAUGCGAACCGAACUGGGCCAACAACCUCCAGCAGCUAGCCGACUGCGCCAUUGGCUUCGGCCGAGACGCGGCGGGCGGGAAAGGCGGCAAGAUUUACGUAGUCUCCGACUCGUCGGACGACAGCGCCGUCGAGCCAAAGCCGGGAACUCUCCGCCACGCGGUGAUCCAAACGGAGCCGCUCUGGAUCGUCUUCGCGGCGGACAUGACCAUCGACCUCCGGCACGAGCUCGUCGUGAGCAGCUACAAGACGAUCGACGGGCGCGGCUCCGCCGUGCGGAUCACCGGCGUAGGCUGCAUCAUUCUCGAGUCCGUUAGCCACGUCAUCAUCCACAACCUGCAAAUCUACAACUGCGCCCCCUCGAAGACAGAGGAGCUAGGGUUAAGCCCGACGCAGAGAGAGAAAAAAUCCAAAUCAGACGGCGACGGAAUAACCGUUCGCAUGUCGAACCACAUAUGGAUCGAUCACUGCGCUUUAUCCAAGUGUACGGACGGCCUGAUCGACGUCACGGAGGGGUCCACCGCGGUCACCAUAUCCAACAGCUAUUUCUCCCACCACGACAAAGUCAUGCUGUUGGGACACACCGACAGUGACGCCGCCGACGACGGAAUGCAGGUGACCGUAGCGUUUAACCGGUUCGGAGAAGGCCUAGAGCAGAGGAUGCCGAGGUGUAGGAGAGGGUAUUUUCACGUGGUCAACAACGACUACACGUCGUGGGGACUGUACGCCAUCGGCGGGAGCGGAAAUCCGACCAUCAACUGCCAGGGUAACCGCUUCACGGCGCCGGCGGAUCCAAACUUGAAGGAGGUGACAAAGCGACUGGAGGCAGAGGAGAAGGAAUGGGAAGAUUGGAAUUGGAGGUCAAACGGAGAUGUAAUGGAAAACGGAGCGUUCUUUGUACCCUCCGGUGACGGGAAAGAUGAUAUUUACGCCAAAGCCUCCAGCACGGAGCCCAUGUCCGGCGUUCUCAUUGAUCAGCUAAUACAGAACGUCGGCGUCCUCUGUGGCCCCGGGCUCACCGGCGGCGUCAAGCAAAGCGGCGACGGAAGUAGUAACUGGAACGGAUACUUGGACGGCCGAAUGAACUUUGGGGGCGGGGCUUCAUCACCACAAUCAGGCACUGUCACUAUAUUUUUGUCAUUUUUUCUACUUCUUGUUAACUCUUUGAUCUUUUAAUACUAAAAGAUAGAAUGUAAUAUAUUUAUAUUUAAGUAAGAGAUCACAAGUUUGCUUCUCAGAUGUAUCAAAUUAUUCCUAAAUUAGUGUUAGUCGUCUCCGGAAAAUUUUACUUUAGUA